GUUGGUCGCAUUCUGGGUUUUCUACUCGUCGCAGUUGGAACGUCUUUCAAUUGAAAAGUUAAAUCAUACUCAAAACAAAUCAAAAUGUGCAAAAUAAGUUUGUGUCUGUUGGUUGCCAUUUUUGGCUGUCUGGUGUCCAGCAGUUUGGCCGGAGUUGCCCGGGAUAACUAUGUGCAUCGCGACAUUAUUUUGGUCGAGAAUGUGCGUGAUUUUGCUGCCAAGCAUCCCGGACUGAACUUGCAACGUCUCGAUAAGCAACCCGCAUCCGCUCGUGCUCGUGCCGUUGGUGAAUCUGUACGUUAUACACUCGGAGCACGUAUCUCAGGCGACAGAUUGGUUGCCCAGGAUGCCGAUGUCUAUAACUAUCCGACGACAAACGAUGUCAGCAUGCAGGUGACAUAUCCCCAAUCCGGCGUUGGCUCCAUUGUCACCUUCGUGGAGAUCAUUUGCACCCAGGAUAACAACGAGGGCAAUGCCUUUGUCGUUGCUGGCGGCAUUGGACAACGUUUCAUAUCCAUUCUGAUUGAGGCCCAGCAGACCAAUAGCUUUGCCUAUCAGGCCCAGUACUAUGGCGCCGAUUAAAAGCUAACCCUAGUUAAUCUUUAAUUUCCUGAAUUUAUUAUUAUUUUUUUUUUCUUUUGUGAUAGCAAUUAAAUGAACGAUUGUACAAAGAAA